AUGAAUAAUAUAACAUCGAUUACCAAUAGAAUGUCGUUGAGGAGUAGCACAAAUGGAGCAUCUACAACAACAGCAACACCAACAAUGUCAAUGUCAAAUCAAGUAGUUGGUGGUGGUAAUAACAACAAUGUAAAUGGUACCAAUGUCCAGAGUGUUGGAAGUUCAGGUGGUAGUUCUAUCGGUUCAAAUAAUAGUGGAUCAAAUAAUUUACAUUCAAAUAACAACAACAAUAACCAUAAUAAUAACAUUAAUAAUAAGAAUAAUAAUAAUAGUAAUAAUAACAAUGCAAAUCUAAAUAAUCUAAAUGGUAAUAAUAAUUUCAAGAAAAAAGAAUACUCAAAAACGAAAGCAUUCUUCAUUGAAGAGCGACACAAAGACAAUGCAACUCCCGAUUUACAACGUACGAAAAUCGCAAAAUGGAGAAUGAGAGAAAGAAUGAAAACAGUUAGUGUAGCUUUAGUAUUAUGUUUGAAUAUUGGUGUUGAUCCACCCGAUGUUAUAAAGACAUAUCCAUGUGCAAGAAUGGAGUGUUGGAUCGAUCCGGCUGGUUCGCAACCACCACAGAAAGCACUCGACCUGAUUGGUAAGACGCUACAGGAACAGUACGAAAAGUGGCAGUCGAAAGCGAGAUACAAGCAAUCGUUGGAUCCAACUGUCGAAGAGGUCAAGAAGCUGUGUCUCUCGUUGCGUCGUAACGCCAAAGACGAGCGAGUUCUCUUCCACUACAACGGACAUGGUGUACCAAAGCCAACGACCAACGGUGAGAUCUGGGUGUUCAAUCGCACCUACACUCAGUACAUCCCGUUGUCGAUCUACGAGUUGCAAACCUGGAUGGGAACACCUUCGAUCUAUGUGUUUGAUUGUUCCGCUGCCGGUCUGAUUGUCAAUUGGUUCAAUCAGUUUGCUGAGCAACGCGACAAGGAUAUGGAGAGAUUCAUGGCUGCCAACGGUGGAAUGAAUCCAGGCCAGAUGGGUGGCGGUGGUGCCGGAGCUGCUGGUGGCAGCGGAACGGGCGGUGGCGCAGCCAAUGGAAAUGGUGGCGCGAACGGCGGCGGCAGUGCGGCCAAUGGAAGCAAUCCUCAGCAAGCAAACGGAGCGGCAUCGGCAACACCAACUAGCUCACAUCGUGACUGUAUUCUUCUGGCUGCCUGCUCGGCCAACGAGAUUCUCCCGAUGAAUCCCGACUUCCCAGCGGAUAUGUUCACCGCGUGUCUCACAACACCGAUUCGCAUUGCACUGCGUUGGUUCUGUUCACAUUCGAUCCUCAUUGGAAUCACACCGGACAUGCUCGAUCGCAUUCCCGGAAAUCUAAGUUCACGUCGUACUCCACUCGGUGAGUUGAAUUGGAUCUUCACUGCGGUGACCGACACGAUCGCCUGGAAUGUACUCCCAAGAAACCUCUUCCAAAAGUUGUUCCGUCAGGACUUGCUGGUAGCUUCGCUCUUUAGAAACUAUCUACUCGCCGAGAGAAUUAUGCGUUCUGCCAACUGCACACCGAUCUCCUGUCCAAAGCUGCCACCAACCUACCAGCACCCGAUGUGGCAAGCAUGGGAUUUGGCAGCCGAUUUGGUUAUCUCUCAGUUGCCCACACUGCUCGCUGACCCCGAUGCCGAAUUCAAGUCGUCGCCAUUCUUCACCGAACAACUGACAGCAUUCGAAGUUUGGCUCGAAUUUGGACACGAGAAUAAAGAUCCACCUGCACAACUCCCAAUCGUUCUCCAGGUGCUUCUCAGUCAAGCACAUCGUCUGCGUGCUCUGGUGUUGCUCGGAAGAUUUUUAGAUCUCGGACCAUGGGCUGUCAACUUGGCACUGUGCGUCGGUAUCUUCCCGUACGUCUUGAAGCUUCUACAGUCGCCAGCAGGAGACUUGCGUCAUAUUUUAGUAUUUAUUUGGGCAAAGAUUUUGGCACUCGACAAAUCGUGUCAACUCGAUCUCGUCAAAGAGAAUGGACACACCUAUUUUAUUACAGUACUUUCCUCGCCAAUGGUACCAGCUGACCAACGUACAAUGUCAGCUUUUGUUCUCUCGACCAUCUGUAACAAUUGUAGACCCGGUCAAAAUGCAUGUUUGAUCGGUAAUCUCUUGCCUGUCUGUUUGUCACAGGUGAACGAUCCCGAUCCUAUGGUUCGUCGUUGGAUGAUUCUCUGCAUGGCCAAGAUGUGGGAGAAUUUCGAGGAGGCCAAAUGGGUUGCAAUCAAAGAGAAUGCCCACGAGAAACUUUGUUUGUUACUCACUGAUAUUUGUCCAGAGGUUCGUUCCGCAGCGGUUUACGCACUUGGCGAACUGAUCGGUGGAGCAGAGGGUAGCGAGCAGCGAACCAACAUCGAGUUGAAUCUCGGAUUGACACUCCCAGUCAUCACAGCCGAUUGCUCGCCAAUGGUACGUAAGGAGCUCAUUAUAUCGCUCUCGCGUAUCGUCAACUCGUACGAAUCCAACUUUUUGUUUGUCGCGCAAGAGAUUGCACAGGAGGAGCGUCUUCGUGUCCAAUUCGAAGCGAAGCGUCUCGAAGAAGCAAGAAAGAAUAAGAAGCGAAUUUCAUCGUCGUCAAAGAUGGGCGAUUCACUCGACGACAGUCUGACCAGUGAAUACAAUCGACAACAACAAUCAUCACAGAGCUCGGUAUAUGGAUGUCUUUGGAAGAUCAUCCUCAAUCUCUGUUCCGAUCCAUUCACACAAGUAUCGCAACGCGCACAGUCUAUUGUAAAUAGAAUCCAAGCCAAGUUCACCAACGAAGAACUGAUAUCAUCACCAACUCUCAGCAAAUCGACUAGUUCUCUCGCCAACUCCACUACCUCCACACUCAAAAACACAUUUGUGCGUAUCACCAAGCAGGAUCCACGUUCCUCUCCGUCGAAAGCCAAGAUUCUCGGUCAACAGCGAUCUCCAAAUCUCUCGCAUUCCACCCCGGGAGUUCCAAACAAUCCAUCGUAUCUCAAUCUGCAGGCAGGCGUAAGCAACCAGGCCGGUGGAACCAACGGCAGCAGCGCACACUCCUCUGGCCAAUCAGAGAGUGGCAUGCCAUUCGACGAAGACGAACUCUACUCUGAUUUCUACGAGUGGAGCUGUGCCUAUUUCUCAAAGCCAAUGAUGCAACCCACCGAAGAUCUAGAGUCACCGGAAUCGAUUGAAAAGAAAUGGCGUCACCAACGUAAUGAAUCGAUCAUUCAUGAAUCACGUGAAUCUGUACAGAAUAUAAUCAAUCAACAAUCGAAAUCAUUCCCUCAGAUCGGCAUCUUCUCAGAGAACAACGGAGUACCCGUAGCUCAUCUCACUUUCCACCCUUUCGAACCACUCUUGAUUACCUCGGACGGACAAGACAACAUCAGCGUCUGGAAUUGGGAGGAGAGUUAUCGUGUAAAUUCAUUUGCCAAUUGUAAUCUACCUGGCACCAGAAUCACUUCAAUGAAGUUGCUCAACGAUUUCGAUUCCGGUAUGCUAAUGACUGCCGCCAACGAUGGUGUCGUACGUAUUUGGCGUGGCUAUGAGCCAGAUCACCGUGUAAAGAUGGUCAGCUCUUGGCGUGCAUUCCCCGAGUAUGUCACAACGGGUGCUGAGCCGAUUGGUCGUCUUGUCCUCGAUUGGAAGCACGACAGUGGAUUGGCAUUGGUCAGCGGAGAAACACCGGAUUUCCCCAAGAUUCGAAUUUGGGACGUCGAAAGAGAACUCGGUGUUCAGGAUAUCAACCUGCAGACAAAGGGCUAUGUUACAGCACUCACCAACGAAAAAGGUGGACCUCUCUUUGCAGCCGGUUUCGACGAUGGUCUUGUCAAACUCUUUGAUUUCAGAAUUGCCAGCAAGAACUGCUGUGUAUCUACGUUUGCCGAACACAAGUCGUGGAUCGUCAAUCUCUCGAUGCCAUCGUCUCACGAGAGAACCGUUAUCUCUGGUGCCGCCAGUGGUGAAAUUAAAUUCUGGCAGUCUGGUUGCGAAUCAUCGUCAAACACCAUUCUCAACACUGACUUUGGUUCGAUCUCAUCGUUUGCAGUUCACGACUCUGCUCCACUGAUUGCAUGUGGUUCACUUUCUCAAAAGAUUCGUGUCUUGAAUUUCGUUGGCGAGGAAAUCAGUAUCAUUAGAUAUCACGAAGGAUUUUUAGGACAAAGAAUAGGUCCCGUUUCAAGUUUAGCAUUCCACCCAUACAGUGUAAUUUUAGGUGCAUGUGCACAAGACUCAAUAAUCAGCAUUUACUCUAGUGAUCCAAAGGCUAAACCAGAAUAUUAA